GUUUCUCUUUCUGACAUAUGGUAAUGAAAUAACGUCUCACAACUAUAACAAAGCAUCAUCAACGGUCACAUUAAAUUUUAAUUAAAAUCAGAACGAAGAUGGAACAAAAAAAGGAAUACAAAACCACAAACUUUUUUGGCUAAUUUAAUCACCCAAAAUAUAUCAUUUAAGAAUUUUAUUUUGGGUGUCGGCUGCGAAGCCGGUUAGAUUGGUUCUUUCCAAAACCUCUCUCUUAUUAACUGGCAGAACAUGUUGCUCAUCUAUAAAAUUGCCAUAACAAAAAUUAAUAUUAGUGUAUUUGGUGACGGUGAGGAGUUCCCGCCAGCCAACAAACCAUCGCAGUCCUUACCAUAGUAGUGAGUUUGCUCUGAUAUAAAUAAUUUCCACAUCUGAAUGUUAAACACAGUCAGUCGUCUACAUUCAUCGUGUGGAUUAGAAUUAGACAAGAAAGAAUGAGAUUACUAUUAGCCUUUACUUUGGUGGCGGCUGUCACAGCUGAUGUUUCCCACCUUUUUUCGCAUAGCGAUAACCUUCAGGAUGAUGGAUACCACUACAAUAAACCAAACGGUGGAGCAAUUGUAGAUAUCCCGGCUUCCCAUAAACAUGCUGCUUCAGGUCCAUCUCAAUCAUAUUCAGGAGCCUCAGGCCAUCAAGGUGCUGCAUCUUAUCACUCUAGCUCAUUUCCUGCUACCUCAUAUGAAUCGGUUGGGUCUAGCGGCGCUUCUUAUCAAGCAGCUUCAGCUCCCGCUGCUGUUUACUCAAGUGGCUCAUCUUACCAAUCGGCAUCAGCUCCUGCUGCAUCUGGAUCAUAUUCGGGUAGCUCUACUUACUACGCAGGCUCAGAAUCAGCACCAGUAUCUUCUUACUCAAGUGGCCCCUCCUAUCAAGCAUCUUCAGGCACAAAACAUGGUUCUAACUACCAAGCUGCCUCAGCUCCAGCAGCUUCUUAUUCUCAUAGUUCGUCUUAUCAAACCGCCUCAGCACCUGCUUUAUCCUAUUCUACUGGUUCUACUCAACAUGAAGCUCCAUCUGCUUACCAAGCAGCAUCGUCUUAUCAAGCAGUUUCAGCACCCGCAACUUCUUAUUCACAUGUUGGAUCUCACCAAGCGGCUUCUUCACAUCAUGCCGCUUCAAAUGGGCCAUCUUAUCAAUCUGCCUCUGCUCCCUCCGUUUCUUAUUCACCUGGCGCGAGUCAUCAAGCCGCAUCAGCUCCAGCUGCAUCUUAUUCCGGCAGUUCAUCCAACCGAGUUGCUUCAAAUCUUGGUGGUGCUGGUUCUUUUACCAGUUUGUCUUCUUCUGUUUCAGCUUCGUCCCGUUUAGGUUCUGGCGCAAAAGAUGAAAGUGGAUACCACUAUGACGCUCCAAAAACUCCAUUUGAAAGUCGACCGGAACCUGUAAAAGAAUAUUUACCACCACCAGCACCAAAAAGGCCUCCACCACCACCUCCGCCAGCACCUAAACGCCCACCCCCACCUCCACCAACACCCAAACGUCCACCCCCACCAUCUCCACCAAAAGAAUAUCUACCACCCGCACCAACCAAUAAACCAGCUCCCCCCGCGCGCCCUGCACCACCUCCACCACCAGCUCCAAAACGUCCACCCCCCUCACCACCAAAAGAGUAUCUUCCUCCACCACCAACAAAUAAACCAGCACCGCCAGCGCGUCCUCCACCACCACCAUCACCACCAAAAGAAUAUCUUCCACCAUCUUCCGGACCAAAAGGAUACACAUAUCCUAAUGAUCCACAACCACCUUUCACUUCCUAAGCAAAAUCGAUACGAAUAGCUAACGAGACUCUAUCUAGUAUUAGUCAACUAUAAUAGAUAUUUUUUGUUAAUGAAAAGAUUUCCUUCUAUAUCUUUUCUCUGCACAGCCCUAAGAAGCCGAUUACAUUUUAAAUCAAUAAAGUUUCUAAAUUUAAAA